AUGACUAACAUACGAGAAGACCAAGCGCGCGAAGCGCGCGGAGACUUUUCUUCAGAAUUCGAAGAUCUAGUCUACAAGAUCAGCGAGCUGAAGAGGACCAUUAGUGGCAAGCUAGAGGAAGUUGACGCCCUCUGGAACGGCUUCAUGGAAGCCACACCGGGUACAGCAGAAGAACGCAAAUAUGGAAAGGCGGUACCAGGAGAUUGA